UUAUUUCUGUCUUCUUUGCUACUGUAUAGUUCUUGUCUGCUAUCGUUUGUUACGCUGUCUGCACUCUGCUUUGCUUUCGGUCAUCAUUAUUUCAGUGAAUGCAAAAACUAACACAUUGUAGGCUAUUUUUCUCGUAGAAGAAUUGUGAAGAGUACAUGGCAACUCAAUACAGAAAGUUUUUAAGGUUAUUGGAGUCAUGGCCCAUUGACAAAAGUAAGCAAAACAGAGAUCUUGGUCAUUACAUUCGUGAACAAGUCAAAAUCAAUUUUGCAAGCGGAGGGGUGCCAACUAAUGUCAGUGAGCAGGAGUGUGAGCAAGCCUAUAACAGUUUGAAAAAAAUUAGUGAUAACUAUUACGGUGAUUUGUACAGAAGACACUCAAAGUGCUCAGCUACCGGACUAAAUGCUGAACAAUGUAAUGUUGCAUUGUCUGAAGAAGUUCUUGACGAAGUGAAUAAACAAGAACAGAAUAUAGUGAAACGAAUGUUUAAAAGAUGAGAUAUUCAAGUGUUAGGUUGUUUUCUUGUGUUAAAAGAUUUUUUCAUCAACGAAAAUACAGCACAUUUCUGAAUGAAGACGUUAAAUCUAUUCCUCAUUGCCCUGUCAUGGCAUCAGAAACUGUUUGUUACUUAAAGCCAUCCGAUGGAGACUUAGUUAUUGAUAUGACUUUUGGGGCUGGUGGCCAUACUAAACAUUUGUUGGAAUUUUGUCCCUCUUUAAGGAUCAUAGCAUUGGAUAGAGAUCCUGUUGCUUUUAGUUAUGCUCAGAAAUUAGCUGACCUAUAUCCAAAUCAAAUAACUCCUUUAUUAGGCAAAUUCAGUGAGUUGCCAGCAUUAUUGGCUAAACUCAAUAUCAAACAGAACUCAGUUGAUGGUAUUUUAUUUGAUUUUGGAUGUUCCUCCAUGCAGUUUGAUGUUGCUGAAAGGGGAUUUUCAUUAAGUAAAGAUGGUCCUUUAGAUAUGAGAAUGGAUGGUGACCGCUUUCCCAACACUCCUACAGCAUCAGAUGUUUUGGCUAUGAGUGACGAGGAAGAUUUAAUCAAAAUAUUUAAAGUUUAUGGUGAGGAAAAGUUGGCAAAGAAGAUUGCCAGAGGUAUUGUUGAGGCUAGAUACACAUUUAAGACAUUCCGAUCAACAAGGGAAUUGGCGGAUUUUAUAUCUGGUAUAUGCGACAAAGACUACAGAUUAGAUAAAAUGCAAAGAAAUGCACAUAUUGCGACUAAAGUAUUUCAAGCUUUGAGAAUAUUUGUUAACAAUGAAUUGAACGAGAUAAAUUAUGCAAUGAUUGUCGCACAAAGGUAUUUAAAGGUUGGGGGACGUAUGGUAACAAUAUGUUUUCAUUCUUUGGAAGAUACCAUAGUGAAACGACACAUUGCUGGUCAUACCGUUGAUAACUCUGUCAGCAAACUGCCACAAAAAUAUAUUAAUUAUGCAAAAUCACAUGAUUUAGAAGCUGUUGAAGAGGUCUUAGCUUCACCUUGGAGCAUGAUUCAUAGGCAUGUUAUAACACCCACAGAAGAUGAGGUUAUUAUAAAUCCCAGGAGUCGUUCUGCAAAAUUGAGAGCUGCUGUCAAACUGAGAUGAAAUAUUGGAUAACCAUUUAGUAUAAUGAUUUAACGGUUUUUGCUGUUUUCAAAAAUUUAAUUUGUUGUGGUACAAUAAAUAUAUGUUUACUAUGA